AUGGAAGAGGCUGAACUGCUUGUACUCAAAGUGCUCAAGCAGGUCAUGGAGGAGAAACUUGAUUCCAAGAAUGCACAAUUGUCAAGCGUGACUAAAGAGCAUGGAUUCAAGAUCUACAAUGAUCAGGAAAUGGCCGCUGUUGUCGAAAAACUAGAAGCACAGGCUGGUCCAGAUGAGACUGCAACUGCCACUGCCACUGAUCCCUUAGAGUAA